AAGUAAACGUAACGUAUUGUUUGCAUCAACAGAAACAAAAUGGGUCUUACGACAUUGAUUAUAGCCAGUUUUUUAACUUCUUAUGUAGUCAGUGAUUCCUGUGUGACGUACAAUUUUGAAGAAAAUUUGAAUGAUAUAGUUGGUGGCUACGGCUUGUGUAGCGGUAUACCUGCAUGGGUUCUUGACGAGUACAGUAACUUGAAUUUAGACAGUCCAGAUGAGCGUAGCACCAAGUUUAUCACACCCCCACGUGAUGGUAAUACAAAAUGUUGGUCAUCGUCUGUAUUUACAAUUAGCCCGGGUGGUACACUUGAAGUUAAACUUUACAUUAAUUCUGAUACAAUGGCCACUGUAGAUGUUAUCGUCGCCGGUGAAGAUACUACUCAUUUAACAGGAUAUCGUCAAUUAAACUCCCAAGAUAUAAAAGGGUGGUACUUGAUAGAUUUACCAUUAUAUCCUUCAUCUACAAUUAAAGCCUAUAUAUCCAUUUUUAGCCGGGCAUCUGCUAGUGCUAUAGUUUUAGUUGAUUCACUCCGCUACAUACCACCCGGUAUGAAUGAAACUUUAUGCCAGAUUUACGAAGAUCUAGCGACAACACCUGAGCCGACGACUACUUCUCAACCAACAACUACUCCUAAACCAAUAACUACCCCUGAACUGACCACUACUAAACCAACAACACCGCGACCUACCACCACAAUCGAACCAACAGUAACUAGCCCGGAGUCUACGACUACAAGUCCUGAUGUUAGACCACCUACUGACGCAGAAGAUAAUACAUCGUUUUGGAACAAAAUAAUCAUUACCAUAAAUAAUACUAUAAAUAUUAAUAAUUUAAAAUAAUUCAUGUUAUUUUGUUAGUUAAAGCAUGUAUUAUAUUUUACGAACUCGGAUGAAGCAAGGCUCUGUUACCUUUUAUUAGACGUGUGACAAAUAUUAUUUCUUUAUUAUAUAAUUCAAAUGUCUUAUCAGAUGUUUAUUAUUUUAUUUUGUGAAUUAUUUGUGAAUAAAAUCCACUAUAUUUUUUUUACUUUGAAUAACAUAGGUUAUCUAUCAGUCAUUGUAAAUUGUGCCUUGAAUGUUUUGCCAGGAGGUUCAUUUCCAUUAUCUGUAAAGUUUUAUGAAUUGUCAUUAUCUGUAAAAUUUUAUUGUAUCAUCGUCACUUUAUUUCAUCUUUUUUCUUUUUAUGGGAUUAGCCGGUAAAAGAGCAGACGGAUCACCUGAUGGUGAGCAAUGGGCGUCGCAUAUGGACGCCAGUGCGACACCGGCCUUUUGGGAUAAGUGAUAAAGCAGCUUGGAAGUGAGUUCUCCACCAAGAGUUAGGUAGUAUAACAUCCUUCAGGCCCUUUGAUUCACCUAAUUGCAAAUUCAGCCUUAGAGGGGAUCAAUGUUCAGCAGUAAUGUGCCUUUUUAAAACUGUUAUAACGUCACCACCUUUUGUAAAAUAAAUAAAUAAAAAUAAAAAUAAAUAUUACUAUGGAAAUUUCAAAAAUCUAAAAAACAUCUAAAUAAGGUUUCGAAAUUGAAGCAGUUCAUGUUCUUCAAUUGUCUUCUUCUUCUUGAAUAGCCUUGAAGGUAAAAAUCAGGCUUGUGUAUUCUUACGGAGCCGCGGAAGACCUAACGGAUUGCCGGGGCUCCAGCUCGAAGUGCAGGAGUAGGAACGGGGUGGUUUUUAGUCUUAAGAGUCUGACACUCCCUCCCGCCUCUCCCAGGCGGGGGAAGUCAUUGGUUGAUAUUCCACGCUCAAAACAAAAAAAGCUUAUAUAUUCUCCGCAAAUGGAGUCCAAUGGGAUAAUGACAAGGUAUAAAAAUUAAAAAUUUUGAUUAUUCCGUAUGUUAGGUAAUUAAAAAAUAUUAGACACGUAUUCUUUUAUUUUGUGGUUUAAUAAAACAAUACUUAGAUAAAACGAAUGAAAGUUUAGGAUUGGGUAUCUUAUGGCGGGUGAAACGGUACUUAACGCCGAAACAAUUGCAGAGCCUGUACCAAGCUCACUUUCGGUCCUGUAACAAGUGAAACAAGUGAAACAAGUGAAACA